AUGUUGUCUAAAGUAUUCAUUGGUGCCUUAAUGGCCGUUUCUUCAGUCCAAGGUUUUAUUUCUAAUAUUCCUGAUGUUAAUAAAUUAGGUAAUUCUCAAGGUAAAACCGUUGGUUCCAUGAAAACUCCAAGUGACUUAUUAUACUCUGGUGAUCAUGUUUGUGAUAAAUUCUCUUCCACCAUUCAACUGAGUAACAACACUAAUGAUUUCCCUAUUUCUUUUAAUUUGUAUGUUGCCGCAAAUGAAGAUGCUCCAAAUGAUAAUUACACCAUUGACUUAUAUUUCAAGAACCCAAACCAUCGUUCUUUAAAUGAUUUUGCUAUUUUGAACGCCAGUGAUUCUGAAAGCGUUUUGGAACAAUAUAAUCCAAUUUUAAUUUCAAAACAACCUGGCUUUGGUGUUGAAUUUAAAUUCAAUUUCGAAAAGGGUAAAUUAUGUCAAUUCUUAUACCAAUUCACCGUCAUGUACCAAUUAGAAAAACAAGAUGACCACUCUAAAACUUCCGACAAAAUCUUCUUGGUUGGUUCUUGUCAAGAAAACAAAGCUUAUCAUCCUGAUGCUUACAACGAUUUAAUUGGUCAAGGUUUCAGAUGUGUUGAAUACAACAGUGGUUAUAAAUACGAUGGUGGUAAAGAUUGGUGUUCUAAAUUCUACCAGGCUUCCCAAUGUUGUGACUCUUUCCAAAAUGAUGAAUUGGCUUCCAGAGACUCUUGUCCUGCUUCUUCUUCUGGUUAUACUUCUUUGGGUCAACCAACCUCCUCUGUCUUUAGCAACCCAUCAACCUUAAGUACCGUUACCACCACCGCCGAAUCCCACCAACCAACCAUCUUAACCUAA